UGCAUCCACCGUGACCUUGCUGCACGCAAUGUUCUAGUCAGUGAAGAUCGAAUCAUGAAAAUUGCAGAUUUUGGUCUGGCACGAGACCUUCACAGUCAAGAUUAUUACCGAAAGACAAGUGAAGGGCGACUACCUGUGAAAUGGAUGGCACCAGAGGCACUAUUCCACGGAGUAUAUACUUCACAGUCAGAUGUGUGGUCAUUUGGUAUCCUCUAAUGGGAAAUUAUGACAACUAGAGGUAUACCUUAUCCAGCAGUACCAGUUGAAAAACUUUCCAAUUGUUGCGAGAAGGAUAUAGAAUGGAAAAACCU